AUGAAGGAGGUGAAACAGCAGCUGGUAAAAACAGCCGCCAUGUUGUGUGGAUGCCAGAGCAUCAGGACACACCAGACUCUGCUGGACCUGGACCUGGACCUGGAGCUGGACCCAGCUCAAAUGGCUAAAGAUCUCCUUCAUCAGGCUGAUUCCACAACAGAAGAACUGGAACAUGGAUGGGACCGUGAGAUGUCCUCCAUCGUGCUCCUUAUCCACCUCAUGCCACCAUCAGCGCAUGGCUGCAACAAGAGACCAGGAAAGCUCUCCGCCAGACAAGCCAUUGACCGCCUUGUGAAAUUUAUCAAGACUGGGACCAGCAUUGAGGGGCAUCUGGACAGCAUCACACAGAGGCGUCAACCCUAUCUACUGGCUGUGGGGACCCAGAAGAGCGCCAUACACAAGUAUUUCAUUGUGAUUGACAAACAUGCAGUCCCGUGUCAGUCACCAGAUUGUCUUGCCUCUUUUGACGAGCUUUUUAAAGCUCAUUUAGUCUUCGCUACCUCGUACAACAGGGAUCUGGCCAAUGUCUACCACUUCUUGCAAACAGCUGUUUACCAGAUUGAUGCUGCUACCACCAAGGUGAAUCUCAGGGUCAAAGAGAUGAGAGCUCGGAUGCUGCACUGAUUUUGACACCUUGAGAUGCUUUGGUUUGGAGGGUUCGGAUGCUGUACUGCAAAGAUGUAUUUUAAGGGCUCUGAUGCGUCACUGAUUUGAUACAGAAAUGUUUUGUUUUAUUUGCAAAGGCCCUCAGGCAAAUGCCAAUUCACUAUUUAAGCACUUAACGUUGAUCCAUGGACUUUGUCCAGGAAAGACACAUGGCCUGAAAUGUGGUCAGCCUGGUUGUUCUCAUUUCUUUGGCACUUUUUCUGGGUUUCCAAAGCAUCUUAAAGCACAUGAAGCGUGUGAUGAUCCUGGUGAAGGCCCCUCUACAACUGAAGAUUUAGCCGGACGUUUUGUUGAUGACUUUCCAUCAAACAGUGCCCCU